UCUUCGUCUUCUACCUUCCUUUUAUAUUUUCAGUUUAUAUUCUUCUCACUUUCCGAGCUUUUCCAGUAGACUUUUUUUUCUCUCUAAAAUGGCGGCUCCGAUCAUACUUUCCUCUUUCCUUUUCGUAGUCUUCUCUGUCUCCGUUUCUGCCCUUAACGUCGGUGUUCAGCUCACACAUCCCACCGUUUCUCUGAGCAAAGAAUGUAGCCGGAAAUGUGAAUCAGAGUUCUGUUCAGUGCCUCCACUUUUGAGGUAUGGGAAGUACUGUGGACUAUUGUACAGUGGAUGUCCUGGAGAGAGACCUUGUGAUGGUCUUGAUGCAUGUUGCAUGAAGCAUGAUGCCUGUGUCCAAUCCAAGAAUAAUGAUUAUCUAAGCCAAGAGUGUAGUCAGAAGUUCAUAAAUUGCAUGAACAAUUUCAGCAAUUCGAAGCAACCGACGUUCAAUGGUAACACAUGCGAUCCUGAUGAAGUCAUUGAUGUCAUCUCCAUUGUCAUGGACGCAGCUCUUAUCGCCGGCAGAGUCUUCCGUAAACCCUAAAUUUGUUUUUGUAUUGGUUAAUUAAUGGUUUCUCUUGUUUUUACUCUCACACAUUUCACAUUUGACUUUUGUUUCAUCUAAUGUCUUCGUUUUAUAUAUCAUUUUACGGGAAAACACACUAAUACGAAGUAAUACUAUCUAU